GUGACGGGGCUUUUCCAGCUGGCGACGUGGUCCAAGGCCCUUUUUGAUAAAGUAUGCAUAAUCGUCCCUCAAUUUUCCUUUCCUCACCCGCACGCCGCACCAUACCUCCAUCUCCAGGGCCCUUCUUCUUCCUCUCAUCAACACCAGGGCUCAAGGAUAGACCAAUGAUUUCAAAUCACAUGGCAACGCCAUCGUCUCCUCUGCCGCUACCCUCCUCCGCUCGGUUCCGUCGUUUUAAUUUCAUGCGCGAUGAAGAAGGCGAAUCUAGGCAACCCAGGCCUUCUUCCCUCUCCAGAUCUCUUUUCUUCUUUCUUCUCGAUGCUGGUUCCAGAUCGUCCGACGUCGAUGAAGACGGCUCGGAUCUGUCGGAUCCACAGUCCUCGAAGUCACAGAGGGGGCUCUUGUAGAAAUUGCAUCUGCUGCCUUUCACGUCUAGCAAGAGAAAAUGUGGGAAGGUCCCAUGACCAGACGUCCUUGACACCGCCUCAUCUAGCCACCAAAGGAGGCUCGGCUGGAGCUGUUUGGAGCGAGGGAUUCCAUUGCUGGUGCAGGCAGGCUGUUAGCGUGACCCUUCAGCGGUAGUUUCGGCCACUCCGUCCGUGCUAGGAGCUCGAAAACAAAUAUCAAGGCUCUCAACCGCCAUUAAUGGCAGGUUUUCAACCUUACAAGAGGGAGAUGCGAAAUCUGUGUUCGAUAAGUAAGACCUGACCUGUUGCCUCAAGUUGUAUUCCGUCGUCGGUCUGCAUUGAGCCAUUGGUCGCGACCUCCCGCCGAUUCGCGCGGUUGGCGUGGAUGUUAGACUUGAACGGUUAUUGACAACCCUACAUUUGUUGUGAGCAGCGACGGUAUCUAUGGACUGCAGCAGGUGGGUUCCAACAUGGACGACGGCGGGGCAUGGACGGCGGCAGCAGUAUCAACUCCAGAACAGAUCUGGUCCAACAAUACCGAAGGGACCUCAUGGAGUGCUCUAUCACUUUGUCUGCUCGGAAGUUCAUUUCCUUCGUGAAGGAAGAACCCACAUCACCUCUCCCACAAUCUCCGAUGCAACGGCCAAUUCCAAAGCUCAUGUUUAAACAUAAAAAAAAGAAAUAGAAAUGAAGAACAACAACCUACGCAAACUUGGAUUUUAGGUGUGAAGAACAAAAUGAAAGGAAGAAUCCCUUCCAUGGACACAGACAAUUUGCAAUUAUUUGUCUGUGCCACUUAUCUCCAUGGACAAGUGAGUUUAUCUUAUUUAGCUUUUUUUAUUUGUUAUAUCUUACAAAAAUAAAUAUAUUUUUUAAUUUAACUUGGUUCAGAGGAUAAACUAUUACUUUUUAGCCCUCCUCUUGAUGUUAAAGAAAAAGAAACUCUUCUUGUGCUUGGAAAUAGAGAUGUCACAGAACGGAUAUUGAAUUUUGCCAUAGCUGACAUUGAAAACCUCAAUGUGUUACUUGCGGAAAAUUCUUUUUAUCUUUACACAGUAUGCAGAAUUGAAGGAACAAUUGAUUCCUUACCUGCAACACUGGAUCCGUUCUAUUAAGGUACCCGACGUAUAAUAGCAUUAGUGUAAACUUUUUACUUUUAAUAAAUUUAUGACAGUGCCCCAGUGAAAAAUAUUAAUGCCCCCAUUAAAUUUCUACAAUUCUUUUGAAAUGCAAAAUUGUUGAAAAGGCAAGUACGUGAUCUGCCCAUGACCUUUGCGAUUUUAUUUGUUGAUUUAUUUAGAAAUAUUUGUAAACCUAGUUUAUGUAGAAUAAGUUUUAGAAAAGCUGUUACUCCCUCCGUAUCAAAUUAAUUUGAUACGGAGGGAGUAUGUUAGAUUUCAAGUAAAUGAGCUAGAAAGGUUUUAGUCCGAAUACUCCGUAUUUACUCCAUUUUUAGUUAAUAAUUAAUUUUCAUAUUUUCAGUAGAAUUUAUUCGUAAUUUUUUCACUUUAACCACUUUUUUGUUUUUUUAAAUCGCAUUGGUUGAAACAUGCUUUUGAAAUGAAUGUUGUUUGGGCAAUCAUAUUGGUGACAAGUUUUCACACGAUUAUCUUACCUAUAAGUUUGUAAUGCGAAAAGGAUUUACUUGAUAUAAGUACAAAUGCAAUUACGAUGGUUUGAUAGAUCAUUUUCAAAAGAUGAAAUUUUAAUGAGAACAACUGUGAUAAAUUACACUGAAAAAUUUCAUAUUGAAUGAUAUUAUAAAUGGAGACGUUUCAUUUAUGGACACUGGAGACUCUCCCCUUAAUAUUUUUGUCCAAAUCUGAUCGGUAGAUUUAAAUGUUUCCAUUUGUAAUGUUAUUCAAUAUGAAAUCUUUCAGUAUAAUUUACCACAGUUGCUCUCAAUGAAAUUUCAUCUUUUGAAAAUGAUCUAUCAAACCAUCGCAAUUGCAUUUGUAAUUAUAUCAAGUAAAUCCUUUUCACAUUACAAAAUUAUAGGUAAGAUAAUCAUAUGAAAAUUUGUCACCAAUAUGAUUGCUCAUAUUUGACUUGACAACAACAUUCAUUUCAAAAACAUCUUUCAAACAAUGCGAUUUAAAAAAAACAAAAAAGUGGCUAAAGUGAAAAAAUUACGAAAAAAUUCUAAUGAAAGUAUGAAAAUUAAUUAUUAACUAAAAAUGAAUUAAAUACGGAGUAUUCAAACUAAAACUUUUCUAGCCCAUUUACUUGAAAUCUAACAUGACAGCUUUUCUAAAACUUAUUCUACAUAAACCAGGUUUACAAAUAUCUCUAAAUAAAUCAACAAAUAAAAUCUCAAAGGUCAUGGACAGAUCACGUACUUGCCUUUUCACCAAUUUUGCAUUUCAAAAGAAUUGUAUAAUAUCUAAUGGGGGCAUUAAUAUUUUUCAUUGGACUACUUAUCAUAAAUUUAUUAAAAGUAAAAAAUAUAAACUAAUGCUAUUAUACGUCAGGUACCUUAAUAGAGCGGAUCCAGUGUUGCAGGUAAGGAAUCAACUGUUCCUUCAAUUCUGCAUACUGUGUAGAGAUAAAAGAAUUUUCCAUGAACACAUUGAAGUUUUCAAUAUCAGCUAUGGCAAAGUUCAAUAUCUGUUCUGUGACAUCUCUAUUUCCAAGCACAAGAAGAGGAGUUUCUUUUUCUUCAACAUUAAGAUGAGGGCUGAACAGUAAGACUUUAUCCUCUGAACCAAGUUAAAUUAAAAAAUCUAUUUAUUUUUGUAAGAUAAAACAAAUAAAAAAAGUUAAAUAAGAUAAACUUACUUGUCCCAUGGGGAUAAGUGGCACAGACAAAUAAUUGCAAGCUGUCUGUGUCCAUGGAAGGGAUUCUUCCUUUGGUUUUGUUCUUCACACCUAAAAUCCAAGGUUGUAUAAGUUGUUGUUCUUCACUCCUAUCUCUUUUUUUAUGUUUAAGCAUCUGCUUUAGGGUUGGCCGGUGCAAUGGAGAUCGUGGGAGAGGUGGAGGCGGUAGGCCUGAUGUUGGUUCCUCCUCCAUGAAGGAAAUGAACUUCUGAGCAGACGAAGGAAAUGAGAAGAUAUAUAGGCAUGUUCAUCCUUUAGGGCCAAUCUCUCAAUUUCUUCUUCUGUUCUGCAAUUCCAUGAAGAAGAGCCACCCUCAAGAUUACUCAUGAUCAUUGAUUGAACUUUGAAGGAAACUAAUUGUGUUUGGUGCAGGCUGUUGAUACCUAGAAUUUAACAAUGGUGCACUAUUUGAGUCAGAGUUCUGAAUCAUAUCAACUCCAUGGCCUCGAGGAGAACGGUCAGGCGGCUGCAGGAUUGAAACAACACUGCCACUACAUCAGUUACCUUCACACCCUCAGCUCUAUAUUGGCUUCAUCGAGUUUUCUUUAUAUCUCAAAGAUGCCCAUUUCGGUUGGAAGGUAAUGAUCUGAAUUCAGUCCAGGGGCAGUCCAAUUAUGACAGAUUCUUCAAUUUUAAAGACGAUUAAUAAAAAUAAGAAAAUCGAAUUUCAAUUUUAAAGAUGAAUAAUAAUAAUAAUAACAGUUUCUCAAAUCUUGGCAUAUUAUUAUAAUUUAAACUGAAAAAAGAGUCUUAAUUCUUCAUCUCUCUUAUAGUAGUUACUCUGUAUUUAAUUUCUCUUAGCAAUUAAAACUAAAAAAGAGUCCAAGUCUACAUAUCUCUUUUGGAGUCCUGAGCCCCCAUCUUUCUUUUAGUAAUCAUCUCUUUAUCAUUUUUAAAUUCUGUUGUUCGGGUUCUUGUGAUUUGUGAUGGAUUUAUGUUGCAUUUUAGUGAAUUUGAUGUUCUUGAGGUUGAACCUUAAAAGUAACCUUAUGUUUGCAUAAGUUUGCAUCUUUUAUCUCUUCCUUUCUUUUAGAGUGAUUGCCAUACCGAGAGUGUGUGUAUGUCUGUAUAUAUGGGAUUAACCAAGCUUGAGCUUUCCAAAAAAUGAACUUUCAUUUUUGACAUAUGAUAUUAACCAGAUUCCUCCUCAUACUGUCAAAAACUAAAAUGUAUUAUUGAUAAAAUACAAUGUACAUAGCGUGCCAAAUUAUAUUUUUUUCAUUUGGUUCAUUUUUUUAUGUAUUCAAUUAGAUCUCUUACUAAGCAAUUUGGAGUUAGAUUUCAUCAAUUAAUAUUUAAUAUCAAUUGUCAUUUAGCAUAAAUAAAAAUUUGGAAGGAGAUAGACUAACUGUAAAUGGUAUACUACUGUUUUUUCCUUUUCAUGCUUUGAGCAGUGUAUUAAGAAUGAAAAUGCUGAGGUAUUUACUUCAAUAUAUGCAAUAGCACAUUAGAUUAACUAUCAAUGGUGGUGUUUUGGAGUUUAUCGAUCUCACCAACAUGUUUGUUUUUUUCGCACUUUUUUUAUGAGCAUUAGAAAAAAAGAAAAUGAUAUUGUGUAGUUAUGACUUGUGAGUUUAUGAGGUCAUUGCCUCAUGUUUAACUAUGAUCACUUAGCAUUUUGACAUCUUAUUUCAUUUGAACGUUACUGCUUUUCCUUGAUGGCUUGAUGGCAGGGGGUGUUUUACCUUAUGAUUUUGGUUUCACUUAUUUGUUUUACCCGCUUCUUGGCUAGAUAUAUGGAUCAGUUUCUUGAUGCUUUAUUCAAAACUUAUUAAAAGCGACAAAAAGCUUAAAAAAGCGAGAAGCGUAGGCGAGCGAUGGUUUAUCGCUAAGCUUUCCAAAGGCGCUGCCCUGUGAGAAAGCCUCGCUUUCUGUGGCUUUUUCAUGAAGCGACGCAGCUCUAAAGCGAUCGCUUUUCAUGGCUUCUCACAAAAGGCGACGGUCAACAAGUGCCAGAAGAUUUUUUUUUUUUUUUUUACUUUACCUAGGGUUAAGAUAGCAAAUCGGUCCCAUUAGUUUGAAGUCUCUUCCAUUCCCAUUCGUUCGAAGGCUUCUCCGGGUCUUCUACUCUUCUCCAGGCCAGAGCUGCGGUAGAAGACUUCUCCAGAGCUGCGCCAGAGGAUUUCUCCAGAACUUCGAAACCAGAAGAGCUAGUAUCCCGUAUCCCUUCUCCAUCGAAUCUUGCUGAGAAAUUGGGAAGGGAGCUUCUUCAUCUGCCAAUUCAAAAGAGAAAAUUUCAUUAAUAGGGCAGCAAAUCAUUUUGGUAUGUUUGGUCAAUGUGAAAGAUUUAUACUCCGUUUAGCCACAAAUUUCAGUGAGCAGGCUAACGUCCCACAGAUCUACUUUGUUUUUUUCCAUCUUAACGACAAAACCAUUCAAAUAUUAUCCUUGUGUAUACAUAUUCAAAAAAUUAAAUAGGUUACAACUGAGCCAAGGGGGAAAAAUAAGAAUAUUCUUCAAAUACCAGCUUAUCUGAUGUAUGCAACGGUCAUUGGUUAAAAUACAACAUUUUUUAUGUGGAAUUGUAUAAAAAUCUGCUCUCAAUCUAUUCUACUCCAUCAAAGACGUAGAAGAUAUUAAAGAGCAGUUAAAAUAGUGGCAUCCUUUUACUCAAGUCCAAGGCGGCAUAUGGGGUUCUUUAUGAGACCAAGAUCCGUCCAAACAAUUCUCUAAUAUUGUCAAUCCUGUAAACUCGUAAAGUAUCAUAGUUGGCCUCUCAAGGGAAAGGCCCCACAGAUCUACUUUGUAGUUUGUACUUCACACCAUUUAUAAAACAAAUGGAACUCUAUAAUUGUGUUUUGUUUUAGGACUUUUGGCUCUGAAAAUGGUUUGGGUUCCCACUCAGAGUCUCAGACAAGCACAAUGUCAUAAUGUAAAUUUGAACCCAUCCAGUAACUGUAGUGUUUAUAGGCGGUCGAAUAAAGUAAAUCGCUAUAAUGUUAAUGGAGAGUAGGGAUGGACCCGGGCCGGUCCGGUUCCGGGCCGGGCCCGGGCGGGCUUUUUUUCGGGUUACAUGGGCCCGGAACCGGCCCGGGUUGAUACCGGGUCCAGGCCUAACCGGGCCGGGCCGGGCCGGGCCCG